AUGUUCUAUGUCAUUGGUCUAGGACUCUGCGACGAGAAAGAUAUCACCGUGCGAGGGUUGGAGGCAGUACGAAAAUGCAGCCGCAUUUACCUCGAAGCAUACACUAGCAUAUUACUGGUAGACAAGGAGAAGCUGGAAAGUUUCUAUGGGAAGCCUAUCAUUACGGCUUAUCGUGAAACUGUCGAGACGGAGAGCGAUGAAAUCUUGCACAACGCAAAGGAAGAAGACGUUGCACUAUUAGUAGUAGGGGAUCCUUUUGGGGCAACCACGCACACUGACAUGCUCCUGAGGGCGCGAGAGCUGGGAAUCCCGACAACUGUGAUCCAUAAUGCAUCAAUCAUGAAUGCUGUUGGCGCUUGUGGCCUACAGCUAUACAAUUUUGGCCAGACCGUCUCGCUACCCUUUUAUACGGAUUCUUGGAAACCUGACUCUUGGUACGAUCGCGUGGUUGAAAAUGUGGAAAAGGGCAUGCAUACACUGGUGCUACUUGAUAUCAAAGUGCGGGAGCAGAGCGAGGAGAACAUGGCGCGGGGACGCAAAAUUUAUGAGCCACCGAGGUAUAUGAGCCCAGUCACCGCAGUCUCGCAGAUCCUCGAAUCUGAAGCCAUUCGUGCUGCAUCUGCGUCAUCGGAGGAGACAAAGGCACACGGGUAUUUGAAACCCGAAUCGACUCUGGCUAUUGCACUUUCAAGAGUUGGUUCACCAGAAAAGCAACGCGUUGUUUGCGGGACUCUGCAGCAACUGUCCGAGUUGACCGAAGAGGACUUUGGAGAGCCGCUUUUCAGUGUCGUAAUUGUUGGGAGACGUCUACAUGAGCUAGAGGUACAAUACUCGGCGGCUUGGGCACUCGAUAAAGCCGAAUGGACUCGAGUUGCGAAGGAGCCUAACUCGCCUACCAAGAGCCAGAGCACUUGGUCGCCACGACCUGGACCAUCGCGGGCCAGCUCUCAGGAUCCAGCUCCAGGAUCCAGUUACGGAGCUGUGCCCCAGUCUCCUGAAGUAGCUUACACCGCUCCUCCGCCUGCCUACUCUCAGGCCGCCAAUGCCCCACUCCUCCCUGGACCACACCAAAAGCCCACGCGCCGCACUGCUGCCACAAGGCGAUUCUGCAGUGCAUUCUCUAUCGCAUUGUUGAUAGUUCUCAUCUUCUCCACAUCAUGGAAGAUUAUAAACCGUGGGUUUGUGGUAGCCUGGGAUAACGACCCACGUCCACAAGAUGGCCAUGUUGUCUCAUGCUCUCAAAAAUGGUUCGAUUUGGGAGGCUCAGGCGAUGAAAAUAUCUAUACCAACCGUGAUGGGAUUUUCAAUCAGACUAUGAUCCCAGGAUAUCCGGUGUUUCCUGCCUAUAAAACUUAUACGCUUCCCAUCAACAAGUCUCUACAUUAUAUUGUUGCUCGCGGGUCACUAUCGGCCGGCGUGUUAAAUAUACGCGGAAGCGACACCAUUGACCCAGGUUUCGUCGAUGUGAAAGUAGUGGCCCGAUACUGGAACCAAGACGCACUUUCUUACACAAAAGUGUGCGAACUUACAAAACCGGAGGGGGGUGUUGGUAUAGGCAUUUAUACGCCUUCUAGAAUCGGCGUGGGCGUGGGACAGCAGAUUCAGUGGACAGUGACCGUUACAUUCCCAACGGCGUCUCAGUCCCCCCUUGACCUGAAUGCGUUUGCAACAGACAUAGGCAAUUUCCGUCACAGUAUCGAAGGUCUAGGUGACCGCGUUCGCUUUGAGCACUUGUCCCUCAAGGGCAGCAAUGGUGCAGUCGAGUCUAAUGGCUUGUCCGUAUCACAAGCCACUAUUACCACCAGCAACUCAAAGAUCAGCGGCAAGUUUAGCGCUACGGACUCACUGGUCCUCAAGACUACUAAUGGAGCUAUUGAUACCGAUAUCGACAUCACAAAUGAUGAUACACACAAGGCCUCGAGUUUAACACUCGAAAGCUCCAAUGCUCGAAUUACGUCCCGUAUUUCCCUUCUUACCACCCACGACCAGCGUCCACAGCCAAAGGGAGGUCACUUUAUCGUCCGUGCUGCUACCUCGAAUGGUCGGCUUAAUAUCAGCUAUCCGGCCACUCCAGUCAAUUCGCUACUUGACUUUACGGGAGAGACUUCCAAUAGCAGUGCAGAUGUUGCCCUUGAUGCGGCAUUCGAAGGAACAUUCGCCAUCUCCACAUCAAAUAGCCAUGUUGACCUGGACGACGGGACACCCAGUGAUCCGAGCGGCAAGGGGCGCAAACGUAUCGUACACCAGACCCAAGGGUCGUCGAAGGCAGUCUCUGGAUAUGCUUUCUGGGGAAAUGAAAAGGACCAUGACAGAAAUGUCGAGACUGGACAUGUCGUUGUAUCAACAAGCAACGGUUGGGCUCGCCUUCGAUUGUAA